AUGAGGCAGCCAAACGCACAAAAUAUUGGCUAUCUAAAGAAAUUUGCAACUGCAUUGGAACAUUUUAAAGUAGGUCAGUUCAAUACGAGUGAGCAUACAGAUGCAUUUGAUAUUAUAAAAGACUUCCGUUCCAUUGCUGGUGAAGAAGCAUUGAAGUUCCUCGAUGACUCAAACUCAAGUGCUAGACAUUUGAAUAAUGAUUGGGAACAAGAAGCGAGAUUAUGGCAUUUGUUAGAUUUGUUGAUGUCUUUCAGGACAGCUGAUCAUGAUACUGACAGAAUAUCCAUUGAAAAUUACAACUCUAAUGCUCUUUUUGAAAAGCAAUUACUUCAGGAUGAUAAAAAGCUGUAUCAGAUAUGGAUUAUCAUGGUUUGGUUACAGGAAAAUAUGACAAUUCAAGAAAGACCAGAUAAUUUACCAACUUCAAAAUGGACUCAGACUUUGAUCUCGGGCAACCUGGAAAGUGCUGAUCUAGAUUAUCCUUUGAGAAACGUUGGUGUUACCAUAGAACAAAAGGAUAAGGAACAGGAUCACAUUUUCUUUCAAUAUAUAUAUCAUCUUCUACUGGCCGGAAAAUACGAGGAAGCAUUUGAAGAAUGUAAACUAAGUGAAAAUCUAACAUUGAACAUGAUUUUAUGUGGUAUACAAGAAUAUGUCAAUCCCGCCAUUGACACUCAAAUUGCUAAUGAGUUUGAGAUGCAACAAGGUGUUAAAAAGCAUGCACUUUGGAGAAGAGCUGUCUAUAACCUAUCUCAAUGUCCAGAUUUGAAUCCGUACGAAAGGGCAAUAUAUAAUUAUCUUUCAGGCACUAUCCCAGAUACUGGUAUUGAUGCUAAUUGGGAUUCUGACUUUUUGUUGCAACUUAACCAAAUAUUACAGAUUGAAAUUGAAAAUUAUUUAUUGAAGAAUGGUAAAAUAAAUGCCGAAGAAUUAAUUACACCAUUACCAAUGUAUGCGAAAAGUCUGGAUAAAAUUUUAAACUCACUUUCAGAGAGGUAUCCAAUGGAGAGUGAAUCUCCAAUGAAGGUGUUGAUGGGUGCAAUAAUCUUGGAUACACUUCCAUCAGUUCUUCAUUCCUCUGUUGAAAUGUUAUUAGAUAUAAUUAAAGGAAAGGAAAGCAGUAAUGAUUUGUUGGAUGAACCCUAUUUACUUAGAGUUGUUACUCACUUGAGCAUAUUCAUAGAUGUGAUAACACCUGGAGCAGUACCAAAAGGUGACAAAUACAAACUUGUAACCGCAUACAUUAGUAUUUUGAAAAUGCAUGGCUAUUACGACUGUAUUCCUAUUUACAUUAGCUUUUUAGAGGAUGAUGAAAUAUUGAAUGCGUAUUCGUUUGUUCUAUCGACGAUGAAUGAACCAGAGCUAAGGCAAAAUCAAUUGGAGUUAAUGAAAUUCUUAAGGUUACCUGUAACGAAUAUUUUGAAAAAGACAACCUCAAGAGUAUUUACUGAAACGGAACCCGAAUAUACCCCAGAUGAAGAGAUCUCAGUAUCCUUUGGCAUCACAGACACAGAUAAACACCUGAUAUUGGCAGUUGAGUGGUUGCUACAAGGAAAAUUAUUCACGGAUGCAUUGGAGUCUGUGCUUGCACUUUCAAGAAGAUUCUUAAUUAAUGGUAAAGUCAAAGCACUAGAUUAUUUUUUCAGAAGGAAUUCCAUGGAUGAUUUACUUAAGGCAUACAAAUUAGAAAUAAUAUCUCAAAGAGAUUCUGAUGAAGGACCUGAAUUAAAAAUUGAAGAAUUGCUGCAAUAUGAGAACUUAAUUCAUGGUUUGAAUAGAUAUGAAGAAUGGAAUAAGACUAUAAAGUUAUUGAAUUCGGAAUCUAAUAUCCCAAGUCUCAUAGAGAAAUUCCAGGCAUACACAAGAAGUACCCAUGACCUAAUUGAGAACUUCUUGGUUAACUUAAGUAGAGAUGAAGGCUACACAGGAAGAGAUAUAAUAUAUGAAAUCAGAGCACUUUAUACUCCUUAUCUUAUUAUUGAACUCCACAAGGGUUUGGUAGAGGCUGCGAAAUUGCUGAAGAUUCCAAAAUUCAUUAGCGAGGCAUUAAAUUAUACUGACCUGGUGGCUAAUGAAACUGAUAAGAUAUACCUACUUUUCCAAACAAGUGGCAAACUGAAGGAAUAUUUACAAUUGGUUGCCCAUACAGCUACUCUUGUUGAUUACUCUAAGCAAAAUUAUUAG